GACGGCGGGACGAAAACAGGACUGUCAAAUCUACGAAUAUGUCAUGACAGUCACGUGGUUUGACGCACGUGUGACGGCCGCGAAUUAAGUGGUGGAAAUGAAAAAUCUUUCAACGUAGUGCACAAAGAUAUUUUUAUCUGCUCCGAAAGCUCUAACAGCAUGAAGGAGGAUUACUCGGUUCUUUCGCCGAAAUUUGGCGGAGGACCGCAGGGACUAGGUGAUCCUAACGACAAAAGUUUAAGGAAGGUAGAGAAAGAUGUGUUGGUACCUAAGUUGAUGCGAGAGAAAACCAAAUCCGAAAAAUGUGUCAACGAGGUCAAAGAAUUUCAUGAUUGCUGUCUUAAUUCUGGUCUACUGCACGUCAUAAAAUGUAGGAAAGAAAAUAAUAAGAUGAAGGCCUGCAUGGAAAAGUGGUUCUACAAUCAAGACUUCAUUAAAGAAUGCACAGAGCAGUAUCUGGAGGAAAGGAGCGAAUUUAGAAGGACUGGUAUUCCCAAAAAGCAAAAAAGCAUUAGACUGGAGAGCUCAUCAAUGUGAACAUAUAGAUAAUGAAUUGGCAAUUGUACAGAGAUAUUAUCGAAACUAUGUUUUUCAUUUAGCUUUUUAGAUAUAACAUCUGUAAUUGGUUUACCAAUAAUUCUAUCAGUAAAUCAAGUUUGAAAAUUGCUUAGAGAUUGCUUUAAUAAAGCUAAAAACGGAUUAUUGGGAGUUAAAAUUAUAUUAAUUCUUGCAUUGAAUUCACGUUGUAGUUGAAUGUCUACAUGGUAAACUGUUUUAAAUUGUUGCUUUCUAUUGCUUCUACUUGUUGUGUGGCAAUGUAAAAUAGUAUUCUAUAUAUGUGCCAUUGUAGUAUAAUCAAAACAUUCUCAACGAGUACAUUCCAGAUAGCAUAUAGAGAGUUCGAAAAGAAUUCAGCGAUAUGUCAUCAAUUCUGACUUCAUUUUCAGAUGCAACAAGAAUUUUUUUCAGAAAAAGAAUUCUUUUUGCAUGUGAAAAUAAAUUCAGAAUUGAUGACAUAUCACUGAAUUCUUUUUGAACUCUGUGCUAUAAUAUCUGGGAUAAUAAACAUCUAAUAAUGGUACUUUGUAGGAACAAAGAUCUACAACAAAGAAUAAAAAAAUAAUAUAAACAUUUGACUAACAAUAAGAAUAUAGACAUUUGACAGAACUGGCACAUGUUAUCUUAAAUAAAAAUUUGUUUAAAAAAUUGAGUCACGCGAAUUUAAUUCCCAUAUUCUUGCAGAUUUUUAACUGCUGACUCCGCUCAAAUCGCCAAC